ACCUGACAAGUCGGGAGAGGAAGUCAUCAUCAUCCAGCAUCUAAACGCUGGCUUUUUGUGAACAUCCCAGUGAAAAUCAGCAUGCGUGGCUAAACUACACACAUGAAUGUAACACCUGUGUAGUCGGUGUGCAUGUUUACACCAGACUGUGUUGCUGCGGUGAGAUUUAACGUUACAAACCGUUAGCAAGUGUCCGACUCACAGUGCAGCCACUAACUGCAGGACAAACACUGGUGAGUGAGGUUAACGUUGUUAGCAAGCACCCCAGCUAGCUAACUGUGGCUGGGAACAAAUGAAACCGUGUCUGGUGAAAGCUACUCCGGGGCCCGAGGCGACCACACGCUAAAUGCAGUGACCCAAAGUUAAAGUUAGCUUUAGCAGACACCAUGCUCUGAGAGGUGACUUCGUCUCCUGGUCGACAAACCAACACCAGCUCCGUGCUGCAACAUCUGGGCUUUAGCUGUACAGGUCUCAUAUCAGAUGGAGGACAAAGUUGCUGCAGCGAUCCAAUCAGCUGAUUUAGAACAUUCAGCUACUAUGCCUUCCGUUGGACUACUUUUGUAAACGUGGCAGCCAUGGCUUCUUGUAAGGUAGACGAGCUACCAAGUGACACUAAGAAUUUGGCUUCAGCCUCUGCACAGCUUUCCCGAUGUGGCCCUGAUGACAUCACGGAAGAGCCUCAGCCAGAUACGAGGAAUGCUGCUGUGAAAUCCCAGAAAUCCGGAAAAUUCAGGAGAACUGCCCUGACAUUUUUUGGAGUUCGUAAAGGUAUCUGUAUUUUACCAAGUUUUUUUGGAGGAAGGAGUAAAAAUCAGAACAAGUGGUCUUCUAAGAAAGGAUUCAACAAAAGCAGAACACAUGAUGGGCUAAGUAAGGUUAGUCAUGAUGACAGUCUGAGAUGUGGGUACACCUCUGCUGGAGAUUUUGAGUACCACAGCCAGAGGGACUCUGCUGGAGAGCUCCACAGUUGCUGUCACAAUGAAUGUAGUCACCCCACUGCUGACCAGAAAUCACUGACUCUUACCCGGCAGAAAAGGGGUUUGAGGGGUCUUUUUCAAAGUCUUAGGUAUCACAGAAACCAUAGAAAUGUUGGACUGGAUAAAACUGAAAUGAUUGCAAUGUCCUCUCCACGCUGCAAGAAAGAGGUGCCUGUUGUCCGGGACAACACCAAGCAGUAUGUCACAGAGUGCCUGGGAUCUGAACCUGAUGUGCCUGAUUUUGCAGAUGUUAUGUGUGAUGUAUCCAUCAGUCCUGAAUGUAUUGAUGCCGAUGAGAUGCCAUCAGAGAAGAGUGUGGAGCAAGACAGCCCAAAAUCUGAGCUUGAUGAUAGGAUGGAGGAAAUGAAUUUGAUGGCUGUGGUUUCCAGUGAACUGAAGGAGAGUUCAAGAGGACACAGCGAGCCUUGUCUGACACUUCAGAUGAUGUCUGAGCCCAUAUCAAAGUCUGAAACACCUGCUGGCUCAUCGGAUCAGCUAAACCUGAUUUAUGGGGAUGUUGCGUCAUUAAAGAGCUUUGAUUCACUCACUGGCUGUGGGGACAUUAUUGCAGAUCAAGAGGAUGACAGCAUCACGGAGAGCACAGUUUCUGGAGAGAGGAGCAGAAAUGGGGGAAAGAGGGCCUCUUGUUUUCUUACUUAUCAGGGUGGCGGUGAGGAAAUGGCCUCACCAGAAGAUCUGGAUGAAGAGUGUCUACAUGACUUCUGGGGAAAUAAUGCGUCAGAGGAAAUAUGCUGCACAUGCAACCAAGAACACACAGAUAUGACUGCUGACCUGACAAGUUCUCACAAUAUGGACUUACUUAACAGUAACAGUGCACAACAAGCCAGUGGCAUGGAUGCUUCCUCAAUUGCUGACGUGCUGACUCCUCAAAGUGAGCAUCAAGAAUCAGUUCCAAACAGUGAUGAGGGCUACUAUGAUUCAACUACCCCAGGGCCAGAUGACGGACAAGAAAAAACAGACAGACUGAGGGCAGAGAGAUUACCCAGGGACAGCUACAGCGGUGAUGCCCUCUAUGAACUUUUUGCACCUGAUGAGAGUCUCAUCAGCCCACAUUAUGAAAACAAAUCAACACUGCCUGGAUCAAAACAGUGCGAGUAUUUAGGCAAGCCAGUUGAUGGGACAGAUUCCACCUUUGCUCCAGACAUGAAUCGAUUGCAAAUAAGCCCUGAACUGUAUGAAGUUCCCGACUUCCUAGAGAUGCCGAGCACAUGCAGUAAAGCCUCGGAGCUGGCCCAGAAUAUGGUUGGUCAGCAGGAAAUCGGCAUGAAUAAAAACUGUAAUUUAAAUUCAAAACAACAAGCAUCAGUCAACAAGAAUAAUAUAGAACCAGAUGUAUUUGAUGAAAGGGGAAAUUUGCCUGCUUCCACAGAAAAAAGAACAAAAUCCAUAAAUGCUGAUUGUGAGAAAAGGCACAGCAGCGUAUCGUUCGGAAGCACGUCCGACCCAGAUUUUGAAACAUUUUGUGAACCCAAAGAGCAGCAUCUUGAGGAAAACAAGCCUGUGGCGUUACCCUACAAAAAUAUCAAUUCCCAGUCUCCAGACGAUAACAAUGACUUGGAUGAUGGGCAAACUGUGUGUUUCUCUCAAGCACUUGUGGACUACACAAAAAACUCUCAGAUGCUGAGUAACUUGCACGACAAUGUGGAUGAUUUGGAGACAAACUCUGCCUUCACUCCAAAUAUGCAGGCCUUACCUACCAUAGUCACGUUUGAUGUAGUGGAUAUGCAUAAUGAGGGUGAAUACGAUGAGCAGAUUCAAAUGGAACUGGAGGAGGACAUCUCAUCACCCUAUCAGGAAUUUGAAGAAAGCUACCUACAAAAAGAUGCGUUUGCUGAAUGUGACUAUCAAAUGUUAGACCUGUAUGAACAGAACCUGAUCAGUAAUACAUGGGCAAUUGCUAGUCUCCCACGGCACCUAGGCCUUACAAGAGUCAGUCAGUCCAUGCCUAAUCCAUUGUCUCUAGACAGGAGAAGUAGGUCUCUGGACACAGAAAGCCUUGAGUUAAAUAUGCCCGAUGCAUACAGAGAGAACAGAGCUGCUAUCGUUUCUUGUCCUCAAAGUGAACGGGACUCUGAAAGAGAUUCCUCACCAUAUUACAAAAAGAAUGUACUCGUGUCUGCAUCGGAGGUUAGAGACAGUAGCAGCAUUAUGGCCUUAUCAUGGCAAACAAGGUCAGAAAUGGCUUUAAGCCUUCCUCUGACGGAUGGGGAAAUCACUGAGAAAGUACAGAGUCUCAGUCAAACCCAAGUAAAACACAAAGUAUUCUCUAGUUCAUCCAGCGGUGAUUGUCCUAACAGCAAAUUGCAGCAUCUUUGCUCUAAGGUGUCAGACAGAGUGUCUUGUGAUUUAAUUUCACAGAACACGGAGCUGUACAACAGGCAGUGUCACCUUCCUCUGCAGUCAGAUUCUUGUUUACCUCAUAGCACCUUUGUUUAUUCUGGAAUGAUGGAUGAUGAAUCAGAUGAUGUUGACGAGGAUGUCUUCUGUAAGGCUGCCACUAAUUUGCAGUCCUAUAAUCAGUGUGGUAAAAGCAGACCAGUGGCUAGCAGGGAAGGAAUAUCCCAUACAGGGAGUCCUGUGAAUGCAGCUCUGUGUAAAGAUGAAAUGGCCGUUCUCACUGAAACAAGACCGAUCAGGGAUGUGACCUGUAACAAACUCCCCAAGGCAACUUUUGACUGAAAGGCUCUUGGUGUUAGGAUCACAUGUAUAUGUGCUAAUGAGUGCUUUUAUGUUACAUCUAAGGGAGUAAUUGUUGCUUAAUGUUUACUAGCACAAUGGAUUCAUUUGAAGUGUUAUACACUGUGAGGAACAGGACAUGAGAUGAAAUUUGAAAUUAUUCUGAAAUGUGGAGGCUGUGACAUUAUGCUGCGUCAAUUACAUGGCAUCUCAUGGGGAAGUCAAAAGGGAUUUUCUGCAUUUGCACAGUAACAGCUGCUUAUUUCACGCAGGCUACAUACAUGUCAGUGUAUUGAACGUGUUUAAGCAAGUAAUUGUUUAAUUUGCAUUGACAACACUUACAGAUUCAUCUCAUUAAGCUAUUGAAUUUUACAAGAAUGUUUCUACCCAUAUGUAGCCUCAGUGUCCAGGUCUCAAUGGUAAUGUCACACUUUUUUCAUGGGUAUUUAUAAGCCUUGUUUCCAUAGCUCAGCCAAACAGGGCUAGCCAAGUCUUGCUUACUUUGCCAAUUGCCCCAAAACACAUGUAUGCUUUAAGUGCCGGCUUAUGUUUGUGUUUACUGCUUUCUCACAGCCUCUCUUUACUACAGUAAGCUUCAUGUUAGGACAGAUUGGGGUUAGGAGACAAUGAGAGAAUAUCUCAAUUCACAGAGAGAAAUAGCUCAGUCCACAGUAUAAAAGAUGCCUCUUGAUACCUUCACAGGGUUUAUUUGAAACACAUCAAGAUGUUAUUGUAUUAAGGGUAAUCUCAAACCAUCUAACCAUCUCUUCUUCCCCUUGACCUAGAACAGAUAAGCAUGUAUAGGAAAUGUACAAAUGGUCUAAUAGUUUUUGCAUCAUAUCUUUAGCUGCCAUUUCAUUUAUAUACUGUAGAUAGCUUUGCAAGGCAUAGCUAUAGCUCAUCUCACAUGCAGUUACCCUGUGUAUGAAAGUGCUUUACAUAAGAUGUUAAAGAAACAGCCAGAGCAAAAAUAUAUAAAAACGGCAGAGGAAAGCGAAUCGAGGGAAAAAAAAAAAUAGUCGUACCUACUAGUCUCACAUUUGCUUUGUUUGCCUCUGACCCGAGAGCCAGUUGGGCCUUGUUAUGCUGUUAUGCUGUUAUUUAUUUUCAUUUUCCAACACUUUGACCACCUGUGAAUUUUAAAAUCAAUAAUGAAAUGGUGCACUUCAUCAUUUCAUCACUGUAAGCUUGAGGAAUGAAAAUGUGGUUUGAUUUUGUUUGGAUUUUUGAAAUAUGUCAAAAAAAAAUAAACUGGUAUUUUCACUUUGUAUCAUUUUACUGUGCAUUAAAUGUUCAAUCAGUCUGAGGUUUAAAUGUCAGAUGAUGUAGUUUUUUAUAGUGUAAUAUUGAACAAAUGUCAAAGAAUUUGUAUUUAUAUUCUCAGCUAUUUGUACACUGUAAUGUUGUAUUCAGAAUGGUUACUACAAAUUGGCAAUGUUAUUAUUUUUUUUUCCACAUUUUGGAUUUUUUUUUUAUUAAGUUACACCGAUGUUACAUUAGGAGAGUCCUCUUGAAAAUCUGUUACUGUUUUGUCAGAGUAAGAACACUGCCUUACACUUAAAUAAACAUGACAAG